GAAACAAAAAAAUGUCUCCAUCGUCAGAGUCUUCAAGUUCCUCUCGUUCUUCGUUCUCAUCAUCUUCGACUUCAAACAAAAGCAGCAGCAGUAUGUCCAUGGAACAUACGUUGAUGCAAACUCACCAUACUCAUCCUCUUCCUCCACCUCCUCCGCCUCCAGUUGUCACUACUCUCAGCUUGAGUUUUUCUGGUGUUCCACUCACUAACGUGCAGCCUCAUCUGCAAAACCAGCAACCUCAUCUGCAAAACCAGCAAAUCUGUGCUAACAACAACGAACUUCUUCCCCGUUUUGAUUCUUUGUCCUCUCUUCUUCGGAGAAAGAGGAUCUGUGAAAACAUAUCAAAACGCAUGAUGAAGAAUCGUGAAUCUGCUGCUAGAUCAAGAGCUAGGAAACAGGCUUAUACACAUGAGCUGCAACAAAAAGUUAAAGAGUUAAUAGCAGAGAACAAUAGACUCAGAAGACAGAAUCAACAACAAAUAGUUGAAAUGGGUUCCAAGAAGGAUCCAAAUGAGAAAAAGGGCAAAAAUAAGCUUCGCAGAAGUGGUAGUAUUUAGUUAAGAAUGAUAGAAGGCCAACAUUUCUAAAUAAAAAUUAGCUAGUAUUAACUCAAAUAUAAAGAAAAAAAUUGUUGGCUUCUAACAAUUGUGUUUUGUGUUAAGCAAAAACACUAUUAGUAUUGCUUAGGUAUUGGUUUGUAUGGUUUGUAAGGUGGUUAUUCUGUGAAGAUAGUAUUAGGAACCAUUAGAUGAUUCAGCCAAAUAUAUUAAAUAAAAUAUAUGAAAUCAUCUAACAGUUCACAGUACAAUUUCACAUGAAGAUAUCUUCACAGAAAUAUACGCCUUGUAAUAUUAUAAGUAGUAUUGU